UGGGUAAUUUUCCCCAUCACUUAAAUCCUCUCUCUCUCUCUCUUACAUAAAGCCGUUUCCUGUGCCUCCAUUUCAACCAACAGUCAUCACAGUUCGAUCACUCGAUCCUCCCUCCCUUCGCAGACUCACCCGAUUUUUGAUUUGAUCAGAGAGAGAAAGCUGCUGUAUAUGUCAGUGGGACUGGGGCGCACCACUCACAGGCACUGCUACUGCUACGUCGGCGGUUACUGUGAGCUCGCCAAUCCCUUGCAAUGGCCACAAUUGAGGAAAAAGCGACGCCCCUCGUCGACGAUCAGAUCCACCGUACUAACAGGGCUUCCACCGCGUCGCUAAUCCGUCCUGUCGAUUCCCUGCCUCAGCCUUCUGCAAAUCCGUCUUCUUCCAAAGGGCUCCCAGUUAUGUUAAGGGCACAAACCCGCCACCCUUUGGAUCCUUUAACUGCUGCUGAAAUAUCAGUUGCUGUAGCAACUGUUAGGGCUGCUGGAGCAACUCCAGAGGUAAGGGAUGGCAUGAGGUUCAUUGAAGUGGCCUUGUUGGAACCAGAAAAACAUGUGGUCGCCUUAGCAGAUGCAUACUUCUUUCCUCCUUUCCAGCCUUCCUUACUACCCAGAACAAAAGGUGGACCCAUAAUUCCGACUAAACUUCCUCCAAGGCAAGCUAGACUUGUUGUUUACAAUAAAAAGUCCAAUGAGACGAGUGUAUGGGUUGUUGAACUGUCUGAAGUUCAUGCUGUGACUCGAGGGGGGCACCACAGGGGCAAAGUUAUUUCAUCCAAUGUUGUUCCCAAUGUUCAGCCUCCUAUGGAUGCUGUGGAGUAUGCUGAAUGUGAAGCCAUUGUAAAGGAAUUUCCUCCAUUUCGAGAGGCUAUGAAGAGGAGGGGUAUUGAGGAUAUGGAUCUUGUGAUGGUAGAUCCAUGGUGUGUUGGGUAUCACAGUGAAGCUGAUGCUCCUAACCGUAGGCUUGCUAAACCAUUAAUCUUUUGUAGAACUGAAAGUGACUGCCCUAUGGAAAAUGGUUAUGCUCGACCUGUUGAAGGAAUAUAUGUACUAGUAGAUAUGCAAAAUAUGGUUGUGGUUGAAUUUGAAGACCGUAAACUUGUUCCACUACCGCCUGCUGAUCCUUUGAGGAAUUAUACUCCUGGUGAAACACGGGGAGGUGUUGAUCGGAGUGACGUGAAACCCCUCCAAAUUAUUCAGCCCGAAGGCCCAAGCUUCCGUGUUGAUGGGCACUUUGUUCAAUGGCAGAAGUGGAAUUUUCGUAUCGGUUUCACUCCGAGGGAAGGCUUAGUAAUUUAUUCUGUGGCGUAUGUUGAUGGUAACCGAGGUCGGAGACCUGUGGCCCAUAGGUUGAGUUUUGUGGAGAUGGUAGUCCCUUAUGGAGACCCAAAUGAUCCACAUUACAGGAAGAAUGCAUUUGAUGCUGGGGAAGAUGGGCUUGGUAAAAAUGCUCAUUCUCUGAAGAAGGGCUGUGAUUGUUUAGGCUAUAUCAAGUACUUUGAUGCACAUUUCACAAAUUUCACGGGGGGCGUGGAAACUACUGAAAAUUGUGUUUGCUUGCAUGAAGAGGAUCAUGGAAUAUUAUGGAAGCAUCAAGACUGGAGAACAGGUUUAGCUGAAGUACGGCGAUCAAGACGGCUAACUGUGUCGUUCAUCUGUACUGUGGCUAAUUAUGAAUAUGGUUUCUAUUGGCAUUUCUAUCAGGAUGGAAAAAUUGAAGCUGAAGUUAGACUCACCGGAAUUCUCAGUUUAGGAGCUCUGCAACCUGGGGAAGUUCGAAAAUAUGGAACAACUAUUGCGCCUGGAUUAUAUGCGCCCGUCCAUCAACACUUUUUUGUUGCUCGCAUGGACAUGGCAGUUGAUUGUAAGCCUGGUGAAGCAUACAAUCAGGUUGUUGAAGUCAAUAUCAAAGUUGAAGAACCAGGAGAAGUUAAUGUUCACAAUAAUGCAUUUUAUGCCGAAGAAAAGUUGCUCAGAUGUGAACUGGAAGCAAUGCGUGAUUGUGAUCCUCUGUCUGCUCGACAUUGGAUAAUCAGAAACACAAGAAAUGUCAACCGGACUGGGCAAUUGACGGGCUUCAAGCUUGUGCCUGGAAGAAAUUGUUUACCUUUAGCUGGCACCGAGGCAAAAUUUUUGAGAAGAGCUGCAUUUUUGAGGCAUAAUCUUUGGGUCACCCCUUACGCACAUGAUGAGAUGUACCCUGGAGGAGAGUUUCCUAACCAAAAUCCACGCGUUGGGGAGGGAUUGGCUACUUGGGUGAAGCAGAAUCGAUCCCUGGAGGAAAAUGACAUAGUUCUUUGGUAUGUAUUUGGGGUGACCCACAUUCCUCGACUAGAAGACUGGCCUGUCAUGCCAGUUGACCAUAUCGGUUUCAUGCUAAUGCCGCAUGGGUUUUUUAACUGCUCACCUGCGGUGGACGUCCCUCCGAGCUCAUGUGAUUCAGAUGUGAAGGACAAUGGGAAUGGGAACGAGAAUGGGAACGGGGUUGUUGUGACAAAGCCACUCCAGAAUGCAUUGCUCGCGAAACUUUAAAAGCACAAAUCAAACAUGGUUACAAGGAAGGUCGGCAGAAAUGAUACACGAGACUUUUUAAUCAGGUUUUCUUGUUCUUCAUAAUAAUCACAUAUGCUUCAACAAGUACUAUCAUAUUUCCUAAACCCACAAUCAAGUGUGCCCUAUGAAUCUAUUUAUCUUAUAUCCUCCUCUGUGUAUGGAAAAUGAAAGAGAGUGAGGGUGUUUGGGAGGGAUUCUGGAUUUUGGAUUGCGCUUCUGGAUUAUUGAAGUGAUAGGAGAGAUUCUAAAAGAGUGGAUUAUGAGAGAAUGGAUUUAUAAAGACAAGCGUAAGGAUGCACAAUCUCAAAA